UUUUGUGUCUUUGCCCAACUGGAAAAGGUGUUACAUGAGGAGAGGCGUUGCCUAAUCGCCAAUGGGCGGGCGCCGGUGAAGCGGAGCAGCCAAUGAGUGCAAGAUGUUGAGUGACAGCUGUCCAAUAGGGACGCUCAGUGCUAGUACGGUUUGCGCCUUAAGCACCGCCGGGGCCUGAGGAAUGUCAACUAUUCAACAUGGAGGAGGAGGUCGAUAAGCUGGAAUUGAUGUUCCAGAAAGCUGAUUCUGAUCUGGAUUACAUUCAAUACAGGCUGGAAUAUGAAAUCAAGACUAAUCAUCCUGAUUCAGCAGGCGAGAAAAAUCCAGUUACACUCUUACAGGAAUUGUCAGCAGUAAAGUCCCGAUAUCAAACUUUGCAGGCACGCUUUAAGCCAAUUGCUGAUGAGCAGAAAGAGAUUAAGAGCUGCAUUUGUGCUACUUUCAAUAAGACUAUGACCAUGAUACAAGAACUACAAAAGCAAACAGACCUGGAGCUGUCACCAAUGACUGAAGAAGAGAAAACUGCAGUACAGCAAUUAAAAUCUCACAUGUCAGAUUUAUGAAGAAAUGGACUUGCAAAAGGGAACUCUGGUGGAGAAGAGAUCAAUUCCAGAGAGAUUUAGGAAGAUGUCUUGUUAGCAUAUGGUAACUAGAGGUGGGGUAUGGUGAAAGAGAAAAUUUGGCCUGGGUGACUGGAUAGUGAUGCCUUUCACAAGAGGGAAAUAUAAGGACAGAUAUGAAUAAAUUUCAGUCAAAAGGAUGGAAUGGGAAAGGAUUUAAAUAUAUGCACACUUAGUUUUGCAAUUUCAGGCAAGAAAGUCUUAACACUAUUUUGCAUCUGUUUUUGUAUAAUCAGGAUAACAAAGAUGUCCUAUCAUAAAAGAAUGAUUAUGUACUAUCAGUCAAAUGUGAAUGAAUGUGCAUUGGAAAUUAAAGAUGGAAAAAUAUUUGUAUUAUAUAUUAUAUAUGUAUAAAUUUUCUAUUUUUGAAAAUUUUAAUUGAAGAUGUGGUCACAUUAUUAGUGAGAUUGCUAAGUGAACUAUAGUGUCCCAUAAAACCUAAGCUUUGUAAUAAGCUGGUUUCUCUGUGACAGCCUCUUUUAUUUUUGUCCUAUUCCUUUUGCUUGCUAAUGUUGAGCAACAUGAGUUCUGCUUUCAAAUGCU